GAGUACAGUGUACGUUGUGCACACGCAGUGUCUGUGACGAAGAAGCAGCAGCAGCAUAAGCUAGGAGCGAUAGAGAGAAGCGCCUGCAGUCGUCGUAGUCGGCGCAUCGCGACUCUGUGUGCGAGCUGUGCUGCACGGCUCGAAGUCGCCCCCCGCCGUCGUUGCAACGUCGUCCGUCUCUUCGAGCGAGGAGCUUUUUUUCCGCACAACGCAAACUCGACGCACAUAAUAAGCAGCGACACGCGCGAGACGCAUCGAUAUCGAAAAGGUGCGAGCGAGUUCGGGGGCGAGGAUGCGAGCGAAAAAAUAGAGGGAAUAAUCAUGCAGUUGUCCCGGAGCUGCGACCGCAGCAGCGAGCGUCGGAAUCGUACGAUCGCUCGUCCGAGUUGGUGAAUCCAUAAACGAAAUCAGCAACAGGAUCGAAGUAUAGAGAAUCAACGUCCGCGCGUGAAUGGUGCUUUUUUCGUGCAACUGUGCAACGUGUGCUUUUUCGUGCGUGUGCUUUUCCCAGUGCAGCCCAAAAGGGAUUGCAGUACACAUACACACGUACACGCAAAGAGCGAGGCACAUACAAAGAUAAGCUCGUGGAUCAGCUGCUACUGUGCUUAUAGUGCUCGUAGUGUGUGUGUGCGCGCGCUCUGCUGCAGCUCUCUAACCCCUGGGCCAAACGAAAUAAUAUGGAAGAAUGUCGCACGUCCGCGCCAACGCGUGGCUGCUGCCCUCGACAUCAUCAUCGUCGUCGUCGUCAUCGCUGGUGCGCCUCAACAACAACGACAGCGGCAAUCGUCAUCGUCGUCACAGAGGGACGUCCUUCGCGCGGCUCCUCUACCUAUACGCGCUCCUGCUGAUCGUCCUUGCUUCGGGAUGGCCAGUGGCAACGAGCUCGUCGAGCAGCAGCAGCAGCAGCACUACAACGGCGGCGCCACCCGUGAGGGUGCGCAACGUCAGCGUCGACGUGAGCGACAACGUGACUCUGGUCUGCGGCGGCGGCGGCGCCUCGAGCCACCCCAACGACCUCACGGGCAGCAGCGACGAGGAGUCGGUGGAGGAGGGCGAGAUCCGGGUGUCGCCCUCGGUCCAGCCGGCCCUCACCAGCGCCGAGUCCAACGGCCUGUUCUGGAUACGCGAGGGCCGCGAGGACGGCCAGAGCCAGCGACUGACGGUCGAGCCCAACGGACUGCUCAGAUUGAAGAACGUCAGCAAGUUCGACUCGGGCUUCUACUACUGCUCGCUCAGGGAUCACGAGGACACGAUAAGGGAUCGUAUUUACGUGCAAGUUAGAACGGCUCCACCGGCUCUGCAAAAUGUCUGGGUGAAGCCGUCGACGAUUUUAGCGAACGUAUUGUGGGAGGUGGCCGGCACGGGCGGCUAUCCCAUCAUCGACUUCACGGCCGAGUACCGGCUCAAGCCCGUGCCCGGCGAGGAGCCCGAGGACUGGAAGUCGAUCCUUCCUAAUCACAUUCCGCCGAAUCUUAGACAAAUAGACGUUUACCAUUUGGAGCCCAACACGACCUACGUGUUUCGCGUCUGGGCGACCAAUCAGCUCGGCCGCGGCGAAAUCGUCGAGGUCGAGGGACACACGCAUCACAGUAUCGAGGAAUUAGAGUUAGCCAGACACCUGCUCGCGGGCGUCGAGAACUUCGACACGCGCGUCUGGGUGGCCGCAGUCGGCAUCGUCAUGGGCACACUCAUGGUGCUCGGCUUCGGCACCUGCUACUUACUGUAUCGAGAGUGCAAGGCACCCUCGCCGCUGGAGGAGCAGGAAGUCAUUGAGCUAGUGCCGAAUAUCAUACUGAAUCCGGGCUUCUUCGACGAUCGGGGGGCCAACAACGGCGCCAACGGACUGCCGACCGACGAGAACUUCAACAGUCAGGCCUCGCAGAUGAGGCUCAACAACAACAGCUACGUCCAGCCGAGGCGGCUUUAGCGACUCGUUCUGUGCGUCGCGGCGCACCCAUCGACGCGCUCCGUGAAAAAGUAAAAGGAAAAAAUUUAUAAUAACGACUUCGCGAAAAAUCACAUACGGAGAUAUCGACUUUUUUCAUGAAUAUAUUUGUAUUACGAACGAACAAAAAUUGAUGAUGUAAGAUGGCUAGAACGACAUUUGUAAUAUGUAUACAUUCCCUUGCAUACAUCACACAAAGAAAAACAUGACACUUUACACAUUACACAGUAGACGUGAAAGAGACUUAUUUGUACAUGUAAAAAAAAAAAUUAUAUAAAUGUGUAUAUUAUGUAAACUCAAUUUUCAAAGAGCAGCUGCGAUGACGAGCGAAUGUUUGUGCGUUUUUAUGCUGUGCGAUCUAUAUACUGUAAUAUGUAACUAGAUUUACGACGUAUGAUAUUUAUUAAAUUAUUGCAAAAGCUCAAUGAAUUUGUGCGUGUAAUUGUGUUUGAGUGACUCUCGAUGUUUGCUAGAUGGUGAAAAUUCAAAGCUUUUUUUUAUUAAUUAAUUUUUUCAAGUUCUAUCGUAUGUUAUACUUCCAUGGUUGUACAUGAGAAUUUAACCAAGUGCAAAUGAGAAGUGAGGUUUUUACACUGUUUGAGGUGGUAAAAGUGUAACGAGCGAGUAAAAAAAAUCGAUUAGCCACGAGAAGGAGGAAGAAAAACGUUACCGCGCCCAACAUACACGGUUUUCCGUAUGAAUUUGUUCGGUAUAAUUUUUGACAAGAAGAGAACCAAAUAACGUCACGUAGGCGAGCUUUUUCCUCGAAAAACUUUAAAUUUAAAAUAAUACUUCGCGAGCCGAUCGCAAUAAUCCGCGCCAAAUGGAAUAGGAAAGUGCAAAUCAAACAGUAAAUCCGACGUUUCAAGAGCAGGUGAGGAGAGUUAGAGAGAGCUUUUACAAUGUGUGCACGCGCAAGCUCGUAAAUAUCUGUUUACUUAAAAGCUCUCUCUCUCCGGCUCGCUCGUUCUAGCUUUUUGCGCGCGAAAGGUGGAAUUUAUCGAGAAGUAUUGCACGUGGAGUUAUCGAUUUUUUUCGCGUACGUAUAUACGUUUUCUGUUCCUGCGCGAUCGACCCUCGCAAGCUUGGCCGUGAUGUAGGAUGUAAUAAGUUGGACGACGCAGAAGAUGAAAAAAAUAUAUAAAUAAAUAGAAUAUAAGAUUCUUCGUGCGAACAGCAGCCUUUGUGUAUUUUAUUUUAUCGUUUUUUUCAUUCGUGCGGAAAUUAAAAUUAUGCGUGCGUCUUUUGCGAUCGAGUUCGAAUGUGAUUAUAAUACGAUUGACCUCCUUCACGGCGACGAAUGAUGAAUUACCACGCGUGCUAAGGUGAAAAAAAAAGUUAUUUUUAAACUGCCGUUUUAACGAAAAAUAAAAAAGUCUUCACGCGAAACUAUUAUUGUACAAGUAAAAAAAAAAACACAUACACUUACCACACACAUGAUACAUAAUGAGCAUGAUAUAUUGCAAACGCACUACGCAUUUGUUGCGUGCAUUUUUAGAAAAAAAUAAAUAAACAAAUGAAUAUGUUCGAAAAAAAUGGAAAAAAAAGAACGAUUAACUAAAAUGAAAAAUCGAUGAAUCAUGACGAGUUCUCUAAACGCCCGGACGCGGCUGUACGUACGUUGUAUUUUACACGAUGUGCGUGCAAAAUAUAGACUAAAGUAAUUUUUUUACCGAUAAUAGUUAAUGGAAAUAAAAAAAAUUAAAUAAAAGUGAUUUUAAUCGGAAAAAUAAUUAUCAAUCGUCGAAGAAGCUUAAUAGUACACGUAAGGCACAGAGUGAUUUUCUCCAAGUGCGCCGGACCCACGACAACCAUCAUAAAGCGCGUGAAUAAUUUUCAACUUUUUGAGACAACUUGUACGUUAUAAUCAUACGUGUGAAAAUAUUUGUUCGUCUGCUCAUGCUAGAUAUUAAUUAAAGUAUUAUUAUAAAAAGCGAAAAUAAGUCGAGAUAAGUCCUGGAAAGAUGAAAAAUAGAAUGAUCUCGCAGUCGUGUCUUUUUCAUUCCUCAAUUUAGCAACACAUUUUUUUCGCGUCAUCGCGCACCUACAACGUUGUAAUUUCCCGACAUUAGUCGCCAAAAAUCAAUCGUUUUUCCACUGUUAUAUUCGACGAGAGCCCCUUCUUCGUGGUCGCUUAAAUUCACCCCGCAAAGUAUAGACAAUUCAUCGUUGAAAGUACGCUUAAUAGCUAAAAACUAAAAAAAAAUAUUGAUAUUAAUACGUGUAAUCGAGCUUUUCUCAUACAUACAACUUACCCAUGUGUAAACGCGAUCGAGCGUUAUACAAAUACGUCGCAUACAUACACACACACACAGACACGAUAAUUUCGCCCCGUCGUUGCGGCGCAGCGCACUCAUCGUCAAUUUGGAGCGCCGCCGCUGCUGCUAUCAUUCUCAUACACGUGCUUAUUACAUAUCUGUGACACACGUAAUUGGGCCCGCUUUAUCCGCGCGACUCGCGCGUUUCCUUUCCUUCAAUUUUGCUCGUGCGCCGGCAGAUGUAUAAUACAUAAAGUAAACGCGUUAUUGCUUAUACGAAGAAGUAAAAACCGAAUUAUUUUAGAUGUGAAUUGGACGUUUUUUUGUCUAUGUACGCUAAUCUCUCGUGGACAUUCGUUGAAAAGUAUUAUUAUUAUUAUAACUAUUAUUAUUAUUAUUAUUAUGUAUAUACGAAAAUAUCCAUGUUGAUUGUUUCCAAUGGUAUAAAAUUAAUAUAUAUAAUAUAUGUGUAAUUAUAUUCGAACGGUGAACGUGAUGGGGUGUACUGCCACCAAAACCAGUAUAUAAUCAAAAAACAUAAAAUGGUAACAAUGAAAAAAAAAACAAAAAAAAAAUCGAUGAAGAAAAACAAAAAAACGAAACUCUACAUGAAUCGAUGAUCUGCAGCGUACCAGUUCCGCACUCAUCCGGUUGUACACACAUACACACCACGGAGUGAUAUGAAUAUGUAUUAUACCUAACAAAAAAAAAAUGAAAAAAAAAGCUCUUGUUCCUUGAUUUGCGCGAUAAAUAAACGGAAAAGCUAAUAUGUAUACUGGUUGUGCAAUAAACGUGUUGAAAAAAUUGGUUGUGCAUAACGUCGCGUGUCGUUAUUUAUUAAUAUUAUUGCGUUUAAAUUAAUGCAUUGCGCGCGCGCGAGUCAGUAGUCAUUAUUAUGUAAGGUACUAUGAUAUUAUUAUACGUAUAUGGGUCAUAUCUGUAGCUAAGAGUAACGUACGAAUAGAAACGCUUAUAAUCGAAUCUUACUCAUAUUUUUUGUAUUUUUUAUUUUUUGAUUCAAGCUUCGUCAGCCAACAAAAAAAAAGAUGGCACACUCUGCGUUGUGAAUGCUGUAUCUGUAUCUAUAUGAUUUACGCACGAUAUCAUUAUGUAUGUUAAUAAUUGUUCGCAGUGGUAUGAAACAACUUGUAUGGGGAUAAUCAUUAUUCUACAACGGGUUGUUUCUUAUUUAUCUCGCCGUCGAGCUUUUUUCACUUUGCUUGAACUUAAAAGUGAAGAACCUCUUGAGAGAGUUGCAGCUAUUGGUUUUUUUUCAUUUUCAAGGGCAAGCUCUUUGAAAAAAGCUUGGCAACGAGCGUUGGUAGACAAGGGACAACCUGAUAUAAACACGAUGAGGCAGAAAAAAAUGUUACGAAAAAGAAAAUGGAAUAAAAAUGAAAAAAACAUUGAACAAUAAUGAUGACGCGAGGAUGUAAACGAUAAUAUAUAAAUCUAUAUAUUUAUAUAUGUAUGAUAAUAGCCAAGGCAUCGUAAUAUUUUAGCUAUGUAUAUCAUUAAUAAGGCAAAGACAAUUUUUUAUACGCGUAUAUAUAUCAUGACAUAUAAAAUAUAUAUGUAAUGAAAAUAUAAUUGAUGAAUGUCGAUGUAGGCGUUCACUGUAAUCGGGACGAGAUAAUAUAUAAAUUAUAUUAUAUAUGCAAUACACGCGUGUGUGUAAGCGAACGAUUGUUUUGAUUCUUGUAAUAAUCAAAUACGAAACGAGAGCUUCGACGAUGAAAAGUGAUCCAAAAAAAAGGAAACUACUGAUAACGAUCCCUUCGACUUCCUUGCAAUCGUUUGACAGUUUUUGUUCCAUUUCAUCCGCUAAUCCUAAAGUAUUUUCUUCGUAAAAGUGUGUAAAAUAUACAUUUCACUGUAUUUUUUUUCUCUCUUUUUUUUUUGAUAACGUGAUGUAAAAUAGAGCGAGAAAAUUACAAAUAAUCCGUAGAUAAUGUGAUAUUACGUAAAAACACAAACAAACAAAUGAAUAAAUAAAAUCGAUUCAACCAAUCAACAAAAUAACAGAGGAAAAUAGUAACGGUAACGAUAACUUUUUUAAAAAAAACCCCUUCGAGAGUAAAAGUAAGAUGACGAAGAAAAAAAUUUAUUCUUGUAUUCGAUUACGGAACCAAAAUGUAACGCGCUGUAAUCGGCGCGUUAUUUAGAAGUAGGUUUUUUCUAGACUCUCAUGCUCGUAUCACAAUAAAAAAGAAUUCAUCUCGUCUGCUCGAAAGUAAACCGCGUUUGGUUUUUAUACGUACUUUCUUCUUUUAUUUUCGAAUUGCAUAGCCCAUUUCGUCGCGUUUUUCCAGAUACUCGGCAGUCUUGCAAUAAUUAAUACAAAUACUGUAUUUUUUUACCAGAUUAGCUGAAAAUUAUGGAAACUUUACCUGGGUUCGCAUUACCAAAUGUAGUAAAUAGGCAGACGUUCAUUCAUCGUCAUAUCCAUAUCAUACAAAUAAUACCCCGAAUACCUGAUGGUAGAGUUUACAUAGAUCUCAAUCUUGACUUUUUGCAUUCCAAUGAGUAAACGUACAUGUAUUCGUGCUAAGUGCGCCGCGUGAUCAAGAGAAGCUAUAAAAGAUGCAUCCCGCGUGCUUGGAAAUUAUAAAAAAAUAAUAACGUAUAUUAAUCAACGCGCGCGUUCUAUCAUUAUAGUCCUAAUAUGGAAAGUCAAGCGAGACACUUUUGCGAAUUGUCUUGAAAAAAAAAUACUGUUUAAGAUGCAUAAUCGAUUAAUUAUAAACUUCACUGUUAUGGUUGCUGGCAAAACCAUCACUUUUUCUAUUUUUGUCUCCUAUUAGCUAUAUUUUAUCUUUUUAAUCAACGUGUACUCAAUUUUCCAUUAAUUCGUAUACCCGCGUACCUACCGUAAUUUAUGGCUUAAGAAUGUAUGUAUAGCAAUUAGUUUGUCAUGAAUCCCCCCUCCCCCCUCAGCAUUUAAAAGCGAAAAAUUGUAAGAACAAAAAUUCAGAAAUCUAAAAAUUUGUCUAAAAUCGUGAAACGUUAAAAAAUUGCUCGAAUAAGAUUAUACAAGUUUCGUGAAUAAUAGAUGUAUAGAUUGGCACAAGGAAAAAUAUAUAUUUUAUUUACCAAACUAAUACGGUGUAAAUAAGUAUCAUAUAGUUUUUUGACGAUUAAUUGAACUUGCAGUUGUUGAAA